GUCAGUUCGGCGCGCGUCUGGAACGGUCAUGUCGGCCAGUGUGUCGUUGCUCUGCAUGGCUCUGCUGCUCGCAGGGACAGCCGGCGGCCAGCAGCAGCCCAAGUUCCGCAGUGUGCCCACCACGGUGAAGACCUCCAGGGGAGACACCGUCAUGCUGCCCUGCUACGUCGAGAACCUAGGCGGCAGCACGGUGCGCUGGUGGCGCGGCCAGCGGCUGCUGUUCGACUCGGGCAACCGCAGCGCCGGGAGGGCUCCCGCGCGGCUGAAGGUGCUGGGCAACUACACGCUGCAGGUGUCGCACCUGGGGCCCGACGACACGGGGGAGUACCGCUGCCAGGUGCUGCGCCCCGGGAGCUGGGGCCCGCUGCAGCAGGUGCACGCCAUCGAGGUGCUGUACCCGCCGUCGGUGCGGCGCUACCCGGAGGACGGCGAGCUGGUGGUGCAGUACGGCGACCUGGUGGACAUGCGCUGCGACGCCCGCGGCGUGCCCCAGCCCAUCAUCACGUGGCUCACCAAGGGCCAGGAGCUGAGGCUGCUGGACAACAGGCCGCGGCUGCGGUUCAAGGCCGACAACCGCAGCCUGUCCGGGCCCUACACCUGCGUCGCCAUCAACGGCGUCGGCGAGCCCGCCAACGCGACCAUCGACCUGCGCAUCCUGUAUCCGCCGGAGGUGCGCGCCGAGAGGAACUGGGUGCACGCGGCGCCCGGAAUCCGCGUGGAGCUGGUGUGUCACGUGACGGCAGACCCCGUGCCCGAGGUGGAGUGGCUGUUCAACGACAGGCCGGUGAACCUGUCGUCGCGCGUGGUGUUCCUGCCGUUCAGCGGCCGCUACUCGCUGAUGCUGCGGUCGGUGAGGGUCACGGACCUGGGGUACUACACCUGCCGCGCCGCCAACCAGAUGGGCCACAGCCAGGAGAUCAUCGAGCUGUCCGGAGUGGCGAACCCUGCCGUGUUCAAGACCAGUAAACUCAGGCGGCCCAACUGGACCAACUACACCCUCGUCUGGGAGGUGGACAGCUACAACCCCAUCACGGAGUACAACCUGCUCUUCAGGAAGUACAGGGCGCGGGGCAAGGCGGAGCCCUGGAUCCGGCUGGUCAUCCCCAGCGACCUGUCCCCGGACGGGCCCAUCCACUCCAAGCACUACUCGCUGUCGGGCCUCACGCCGGCCACCGUGUACGAGGCCAUGGUCAUCUCCAGGAACAGGUUCGGCUGGAGCCAGCCCUCCAGCAUCCUCAGAUUCGCCACGGACGGCCCAGGAGGAGAGACCAACUACGUGACAACUGACGCAGAGAUUGAAGAUGAAAAUUCUUUGCCAGCACAAGUAGCGGCGAUACUGAACGAGCGCAGCGGCGCUGAGACGUCGCAGCUGACAACCUGUCUGCUGCUGCUCGCGAUGUUCUUCACGUCCCUGGCUGCGUGACGGCUCGCAGCUCGGCCGGUGGUGACACGGCGCAGGGGGGACCAGAGAAUAGACCCAACCACUACAGUACAACAGCAAUUACCCCGCAGGGUGCCCACGGACCGUACAAAAUUUUCUUUUUGUCGCCAGUUUCGUAUGUUGCACGACUGCUUUACGACUUACGGUUGUUCCAACCAAUACUUGAACAAUAGGUAGAGACCGGAAAAAUUCGCGAUUUCAAUGACCUAUAGGAUAGACUCCACGAUCUUCUAUGCACUCGGGGAAAUUACACCUGCUCAUUGGCUACUGACUCGUGACGCCUGUUAACUGGGAUGCUCGUGGUUCGAUACUUCUUUUGUUAAAGGUUUUUCAUUGGUCGAGUAUCAUUCAGAUAAACUGUGGCCCAAUCACUGAUGCAGUAAAAAAGGCAAACGUUUUUGGAUUCUACACUAUCACGAAAUGAAUCCGUGAAUUUUUCCUGUCUCUAACAAUAGGUACCAAAAACCCGAUUCAAUUCGGAUCUACAGCUUGAACUUUUAUGUAUAUUAGAAAAAGUUAUGUGCACAUUACAAGUUAUAAUUAGGAACGAGUUUUUAUGGUGUUGUGGUUUUUAUACAUUCAUGAAGAUAGAGUAUUAUUUAACAAUUAUUAUAAAUUAAUAUUAAAACUUACUUCAACAAAAAGUCACAUUUUUACAGAUACAUGUUGCACUUUUACAGUAAAAUAAUUUGUAAUAAGCAUGUCUGGGUCAGAAAUACCUAGAAAAAUUAAAAUAAAUAGGCAUGUUUUUAUGUAUUUGAAAAAUGGGCCAAUUUCUUUAAUGUAAAAUGUGUUCCUAAUAAGAGAUGAAAGAUCAAAAAGAAUGACAUUUUUUUUUUGCAUUUUAAUUUAGUUUUUUUUUACAAUCUUCAUCCUAAAUAAAUUUCAUUAAUUGAAUAUGUACUACAAUAAAGAUUAAAACUUUCA